AAUUUGUUGCCCAGUGAUUUUACACACAGAUACGUUCAGAUUACAGAGACACCCAGAGAGAAAGAGAGAGAGAAAGACAGAGACAGAGAGGUCAGAGAUGGGUGACAACCUCUUCGAAGGCUUGCCUCCUCCUUCCCAACAAAAACCACAACAACAAGAAGAAGAAAAACAACAACAUCAACGGCACAACACUAUUACUACUUCUUCUUCUUCUUCUUUUUCUUCGCCAGUUCCGCCUCCGAUUCCAGUCCUCAAGAGCGCACUCAAGCGCCCCAAACCCAAACCCACUGAGCCAUUCCCAGAACCAGAAGCUGCUGCACCUGAAAAACGCUUGAGGUUCAAAACCACAACUGAUGCCUCAGAGAAGCAAAUUAUAGAGGCCAUGCAAAAAAUAGCUUCGCAUAUCAAGAACCCCACAAAGUUUGGUAAGGCUUCAAAGUUGGCCAUCCAGCUGAUUCAAGCGGGAAGUGUGAAGCCAGGAACUAGUGAUCACUUCUUUGCCAUACUAGAAGCUGCAAUGUCUUCAUCCACUUCUUGUACAGAUCCUUCAGUGCAAGCAGAUUAUCAUGCAUUGUUCUCAGCUGCACAAGAUGUCACAGUAUGUCUCAGUAAGAAGCAAAAGAAUCAACUAACUACAUGGAUGAUCAUGGUGGUGGAUGCAAAUGAUUUAUACACUGAUGACAGCUUUGUGUUUUCAAAAACAGCUGGACGGAUUAAAGAAGCCAUAUCUAUUCUCCCUGUUGCAACUGAGGAUGAUGACAGAGAUGAAUCGGCAGCUCUGCAAGAUGAAACAGAAUCGACAGAUGAAGAUGGUGCAAUGAAGCAGGAUGUAUUAUUUGGUGUUCCAGCUGAAGAACAUUUGGAAGAGUCUGAUCCAUUUGGGCUCGAUGCUAUGCUUUCUACUGUAGUUAAAAAAGGUUUCAUUAAGGGAAAGAAAGAUGCAACAGCCAAGAUCAAUGAGGAAGUAGAAGAGAAUAAAAGAUUCAUCAAGUCACAAAGGGAGGCCUUGAUUACAUGUCUUGAGAUUGCUGCUCGACGAUAUAAGACUCCGUGGUGCCAAACAGUUAUAGACAUCUUAGUUAAGCAUGCAUUUGAUAAUGUAGCGAGGUUCACAACUCGACAAAGGGAUGCCAUAGAGAAACUUUGGGCUUCUAUACGAGAACAACAAACUCGUAGAAAGCAAGGGAAAUCUGUAAAUGGGAAACUUGACGUUAAUGGAUUUGAAUGGCUUCAGCAAAAAUAUUCUACUGAAAAGAUCAGCAUUCGGCAUUCUGUUGGAGGUAGUGGAGAUCGUCGUGCCCAGCAGUGGCUUGGUUAAAACUUUGGAUAUCAUCAUGUAGGAUGCCAACAAACCCUCUUAACCCCACAACCAGAAAAUGGGGGGAAAAAGAUCAUUGAGAAUCUAUUUGUUCGAAUGUAAAUUGCAUUUUCUUAAUUGAUACGCUAAGAUAUCAUUUAGAAGUCUCCAUUUCCAUGAUUAAGGUAAAUAAUCUUAAUUAAUAUGUUAUAAUCUUCA